UUUCAGGAAAACCUGGCCACACUGCAGCCGGGUGUGUACGCGACAUUAAUGUAUUUGUUGUAAUUUUGUAAAUUAAAAAUUGUAAACAAUGAGUUUUUUAUAUAAAUUAACAAAAUAAUAUAAAGUGCGUGAUUUUACACAUGUCGAAUGUCAUGAGUGAAAGGAUCUUUGUAGGUUUCUUUACAUUGAAGUGAAUUCUCGUGCUUUGUCUUCGUGUGUGAUAAUACUCAAAAUGGCGCAUCAACUGGCUCCGUCUGUGAAUUGCUCAUUGGAUGACAUCGACCUGAGUGCUCUGAAGGAUCCAGCUGGGAUAUUUGAGCUCAUAGAAGUUGUCGGAAAUGGCACUUAUGGCCAAGUGUACAAGGGUCGCCACACCAAGACUGGCCAGCUUGCCGCCAUCAAGGUGAUGGAUGUCACCGAAGAUGAGGAGGAGGAAAUCAAACUUGAAAUCAAUGUUCUUAAAAAGUACUCCAACCACCGCAACAUUGCCACAUACUAUGGAGCUUUCAUCAAGAAAAGCCCUCCCGGGAAAGAUGACCAACUAUGGUUGGUUAUGGAGUACUGUGGUGCAGGAUCAGUAACAGAUUUGGUAAAGUCAACCAAAGGACAAUCACUCAAAGAGGAGUGGAUAUCCUACAUCUGCAGAGAAAUACUGAGGGGCCUCAGCUAUUUACACACCAACAAAGUCAUUCACCGGGAUAUCAAAGGACAGAAUGUGCUACUUACAGAUAAUGCCGAAGUCAAGCUUGUGGAUUUUGGUGUAUCAGCACAACUGGAUCGCACAAUUGGUAGAAGGAACACAUUCAUUGGCACACCCUACUGGAUGGCUCCAGAGGUGAUUGCCUGUGAUGAGAAUCCUGAUGCAACAUAUGACAAUCGCUCUGACCUUUGGUCUCUCGGUAUCACUGCACUGGAGAUGGCCGAGAGUCAGCCGCCCCUGUGUGACCUUCACCCAAUGAGAGCAUUGUUUCUUAUACCAAGAAAUCCUCCACCCCGUUUAAAGUCAAAGAAAUGGGCAAAGAAAUUUCAUAGUUUUAUUGAAACUGUUCUUGUGAAAGACUAUCACCAGAGACCAUACACAGAACAGCUCCUGAAGCAUCCAUUCAUAAGAGACCAGCCAACAGAGCGUCAAGUUCGGAUACAGCUCAAGGACCACAUAGACCGGUGCAAGAAGAGGAAGCAGGAGAACUCAGUCCGCGAGGACUACAAGUACUCGGGGUCGGAGGGCGAGGAGGAGGACAGCGCGGUGGCGGGCGAGCCCUCGUCCAUCGUGCACAACGCCGCCAGCCAGGGCGGCGACACGCUGCGCAGGAACUUCCAGAAGAUCCAGGAGGGCAGAACUGCCGAGCAGCCGCAGCCGCCGCCAAAGAGGAACAGCAAGCGAGAGGAGAGAGAAGAAAUCCCAGAGCCGGGCCCGCCGGCGCGGCCGUCCAUCCCGCAGCGGCUGAUCGUGGUGCCCGACCCGCAGGCGCAGCAGCCCAACCGAUACAGGCCGCUGCCGCCGACGCCCAAGUCGUCGGGCUCGUCCAACAGCUCGGGCUCCAACAACGGCACGCCGCCCGCCGGCCCGCAGCCCCCGCAGCGCGGCUCGCACAACAUGUUCAAACCCAUGCUUCCGCCGCGAAAACCCGAGGACCUGGACAAGUUGGCGGCGCAACUCAACGAGCUGGGCGUGGUCUCCGGAGAGCCGCCCAACCGACCGCCGCGCGCACCCACCAAUGGACAAGGGCCGGCGGUGGAGCGCGCGGUGCCGGAGCCGCCAUGUUCGGACUCGGAGUCGGAGUCGGAGGGCGAGGAGGGCGCGGGGCGCGGCGCGCGCAACGACGGCACGCUGCUCGCCAGCGACCCGCCCAAGCCGCUUCCCGAGUUCUGCUACAGGGGCGGGCUGGCGGCGGUGUCGGAGGACGCGGCGGCGGCGCCCACGCGCCCGCUGCCGCCCACGCCGGACGACGACGACGCACACCCCGACCGCACGCUCGUCAUGAAGCGGAAGGAAAAUCCGGAUAGUGAUAAGCGAAAGUCGGACCUCGAUGAAGCGAUCUUGCUGAAGGACUGGGACUUUGCGCGGUUCUUCCCGUCGCGAGCCGCCGAGGCCAAGGAGGCUGCGGCGAAGGAGGCUGCAGCCAAGGAGGGGGCGGCGGCGGGCGCGGGCGCGGGGGGCGAGGAGGCGCGGCGCGCCGCCGUGCAGCGACAGUCACGUGUCGAGAUGGAGGACGCGUGGGCCAGCUACAGGGCGCUCGCCACGCCGCCCUCCCGCCACAAGCAGCUCUUCAACAAGACGCCGGAAACUGCCAAGAGCACGCAGGAGAAGCUCUCGGACAUCCUGAAGCACAAGCAGGCGCAGGACGAGUCCCCCGGGCGGUUCUUCCGCGGCUUCCGGCGCGAGAACUCGGACGUGUUCCCGCGCGCCUCGCGCCACUCCGCCAUCUACUUCCCCAAGCACGAGCCCGCGCCCGCGCGCCAGCGCUCCAGCGGCAUCUUCAACAACCCGCGCAAGCAGGUCAUCAAGCCACCCGCCGCCGGGGAGCCCAUACUCACCGACUUCAUCAAGAUGAACGACAGCCUCAAGAUGUCGGCGCAGGGCGAGAUAAAGCGCAAGUUGUCGGACAAGAAGGGCGCGAGCAGUCCGCUGGAGGCGCUGCGCGGCGUGGCGGCGCUCAUGAAGCAGGACAGCGCGGGCUCGCGCAGCAGCGAGGAGCGCGCGGGGGGCGCGGGGGAGCCCUCCCCGGACCUCACCGCCGGCGCCGCGCCGCGCCCGCGCCGCGAGAAGACAGAGUCCGACAUAGUGUUCCGGCGAAACUCACAUUAUAUUCGGCACAAUGAGUUGUUGGCAAGUUGUGGGCAGGAGGCGGUACUCCCGCUAGAUCAGGGUCGACCAAGCAACGAGGGUAGCGGAUCUCGCACCAGCUCCGUCCUGCCCGACCUGCUGAGCCAGGCGGGGCAGCCCACCACGCCGCCGCGACACGACAAGUCUACCAGCGAAGAGCUCUAUCCUUUGCAGUACCGGCAAGCGAUAGCCGGCGGCGGCGCGCACCACCACCUCCCAGCCUCGGUGCAAUCCACGCCCUCGAAAUCGUUUAUCGCGGGCGGAGCUUCGUUAUCCCACUCGCCUUCGAACUCGUCCGUGGGCUCGCAACAACAGUUCCUUCCGUUGCAACAGAAGCAGAAGUCGUUCCUGACGUUCGGGUUCGGCGCCGGGUCGACGGGCUCCGGCACGGGCGGGUCGGGGCACGGCUCGCGGCGCGAGAGCCACGUCAACGUGAACGUGACGCCGACGAGCCACGACCUCGCCACCGACACGCCCGAGAUACGCAAGUACAAGAAGAGGUUCAACUCGGAGAUCCUGUGCGCCGCGCUUUGGGGAGUGAACCUGCUGAUCGGCACAGAAAACGGUCUGAUGCUGCUGGACCGCUCCGGGCAGGGCAAGGUGUACCAGCUGAUCUCGCGCCGCCGCUUCCAGCAGAUGGAGGUGCUGGAGGGGCAGAACAUCCUCGUCACCGUCUCCGGCAAGAAGAACAGGGUCCGGGUGUACUACCUCAGCUGGCUCAAGUCUAAGAUCCUGCGCACUGAUGGGCUUAGUGACCAAGUGGAGCGGCGCAACGGCUGGAUCAACGUGGGCGAGCUGCAGGGCGCGGUGCACUUCCGCAUCGUGAAGUACGAGCGGAUCAAGUUCCUGGUGAUCGCGCUCAAGGACUCCAUCGAGAUCUACGCGUGGGCGCCCAAGCCCUACCACAAGUUCAUGGCCUUCAAGAGCUUUGGCGAGCUGCAGCACAGGCCUCUACUAGUUGAUCUAACUAUAGAAGAGGGUACAAGACUGAAAGUGAUCUAUGGCUCGGCGGACGGCUUCCACGCCGUGGAUCUCGACACCGCCACCGUCUACGACAUUUAUAUUCCAAAGCAUACGCAGGGCGCCAUCGUGCCGCACUGCAUCGUGCCGCUGCCCAACUCCAGCGGCAUGCAGCUGCUGCUCUGCUACGACAACGAGGGCGUCUACGUCAACACGUACGGCCGCGUCAGCAAGAACAUCGUGCUGCAGUUUGUAACCUUCCAGUGGGGCGAGAUGCCGACGUCGGUGGCGUACAUCGGCACGGGGCAGAUCAUGGGCUGGGGCAACAAGGCCAUCGAGAUCCGCUCCGUGGAGAGCGGCCACCUGGACGGCGUGUUCAUGCACAAGAAGGCGCAGCGGCUCAAAUUCCUCUGCGAGCGCAACGACAAGGUGUUCUUCUCCUCGGCCAAGGGAGGUUCCUCCUGCCAGAUCUACUUCAUGACCCUCAACAAGCCCGGCAUGGCCAACUGGUAGCCGCCCGGCCACCGCCCACCCCGACUACUGUAUCCAUAGUGUACAUGCAAUGCCAAUAGAUUUACACGUUACAAGUCGAACGAGUGCUUUGUCUAUUUGCAAUUAUAUGACUUGUGAUAGUGACCUGAGAUUGUUAGCGAUUAUCUCAACGGAGUGCUCAAAAGACAAUCCACAAAUUAUUAUUAUAUACGACUUGAGUUCGAGUAAAUAGGGCCCUUUACCUUUGUAUUCCAUGUGGCAUUUUGUACUGUGUAAUUUCAUUACGAGCUACUGAGGAAAGUAUAUUAUUAUUAAUUAAGCAAUAACCUAUAGGAUAUACUAAAAUGUUUUGAUAUUGACAAUUAUUAUUCGUAAGUAAGUUAAUGCUUUAUUUAGGUUUUAUAAUGUGUUGCAGCGUUUAUUUCUAAAAGAAAAUUUAAUUCGAAUCAGUUAUCAAAUCAUAUAUGCCAUAUUAUAUUGUUUUAUAAUAGUUAAGCUAGUUGGGUGAUAAUUUAAUUGGUGAUGCAAUUUAUAUUACAUAUAAUUGUAGUAAUUAUGUUAACAAAAACAUUGCCAUGACGUCAGAGAGUUAUUAUAAUAUUAAAUAGAAACCACAAUGUAAGUUAUGUAAAAGUAUCAUUGGUCUACAAUGGUAUUCUUUUCAUGCUUUUUGGUAUAAAUAAAGUCAAAACACUUGUAACAUAUUAUCACACCAAACUACAUUUUAUAGGAUAAAUCCUAAAGUUUUGAACUAUUUAUUAUUUAUUUUGCUAUGUACGAUAUUAUUUACAUGUAUAAAGUUAUUAUUGUGCAUAUUGAAAAUAUCUAUAUUCAGUAAUUUUUUAUUUGAAAAUACCCUUAGCCCACAAUAAAAUACGAAAGUCACAA